AUGCAUUCCCUGAGCCUGAAGGCCUUCGGCGACGUCAAUGCCGGGGCCAGGAGGGAAACGGCGGCGGCGGCGGCGGUGGUGCGGGGAGGAGGAGGGGGCGGGGAGGGCAAGAGUUCGAGCCUGAGCUCCAGCUCCAGCGGCCGCUCGUUCCCGACGCGGAGUCAGACCUACGCGCUGCUGAAGCAGCAGAUGGAGGUCGCCGCCAAGUCCGAGGAUUAUAAGGAGGCUGCUCGAAUUCGCGAUUCGUUGAAGUUGUUCGAGGAAGAGGAGCCGGUUCUGCACCUGCGAAGGUUAAUUAAGGACGCGGUCACUGAUGAGAGGUUCGAGGAUGCGGCUAAAUAUCGUGACGAGCUGAAAGAAAUUGCACCCCAUUCACUCUUGAAAUGUUCAAGCGAUGCAACAAACCCUGGGUAUCAGGUUCAAGUCAGGAGUGUGUACAUCGAGGGGCGGAGUCAGCCUUCCAAAAGGCAGUACUUUUUUGCUUAUAGGAUCAGAAUUACCAACAAUUCAGAUCGACCAGUUCAACUUCUUAGAAGACACUGGAUCAUUACCGAUGGCAAUGGCAAAGUUGACAACUUAUGGGGAAUUGGAGUUAUAGGCGAACAACCUGUUAUGCUUCCCCGGACUAGUUUUGAGUACUCCUCUGCAUGCCCGCUUUGCACGCCAAGCGGAAGAAUGGAAGGCGACUUCGAGAUGAAGCAUGUCGACAAGGUAAAUUCACCGACGUUCAAUGUGGCUAUCGCACCAUUCUCGCUCUCCACUUUGGGGGACGACUCCGAUGCUUUCUGAUAUCCAGAGGUCUCUUCUCGAGGCAGAUCCGACAUUGAAGCGGGUCUUUUGCUCCAACCGAAUCUCUUGUAAACCAUUUUUACGGUGGAACUGCAUAGCGAAGCAACCCUUAGUUGUACAUACGUCACUCCCUCCAGUGGAGUAUGAACUCUCGUUUUGUCAAAUUUACGUAUAGUUUUCAAUGAGGAAGAAGAUUCGAGUCAUUGACAGUGUUUAUACCACUUGCAUUGAUGCCC